GUUACUGACAGGUUUUGCUCUGCUCUGGUCGACGGCUAAUUUAAUUAAGAAUGUAUAACUAAGACGACUAGACAAGACAUAAAUGUCGUCAAGAACGCUAUUCGCUUCCUUCUAAGAAUGCUCUUAUACUUAAGACGGUCUUCUUACAGCGAUGGAGGGUGGCAACCAUGGGGUUACGGCUUCCAAUCAAAUAACUCUCCACCGUCCGUCGUCUUUUUCGGGAGUCACGAGGUCACCUCACCUCACCCCGCUCGCUUCAUACUGACUCAGACUAACCAAUUUUUUUUUUCUUUACCUCUUCUCAACCGUGCAAAUGCAGCAGUAGCUGGUCAUGACCUUAGCCACUGCUUGCUUUGACACAGAUUCCUCCGUAGCAGAGGAAUCUUCAACCAAGUUCUGGCACAGAAAACCAACAAGCGACGAUUCAGGUAGAAACGACAACCAAGAUUCAGACAAUGACAGCUGGCCAAGUACAGCAAGCGACGGCAGUAUUAGUAUAAGCUUCGACCAUGACCCGGAAACCCAAGACGCUCCAGACUCAAAAGCAUCUUCUAGAAAGUCGUCGAAUAAUUUAUUUUUCAAUCCCGUCUACGAUGAAGACGGGUCAAGUGCAUCGUCACCCGCCAUCACCCUGGAUAUCAGACGGAGAUAUACUACGAAUGCGAAUUCAUCCAAACGUCGACAAACAAAAUUGCUGUUAGUCGCCUUGAUCGAAUCGUUUUGCGCCAUCUAUGGAGACCACCCGGAAAAUAAUCGGCGGAUCUUCUUCCUUAUCUGUCAAACUCUCAACUCUAUGGGCUUUGUUGACAAGGAGUUUGUUGACGAAAUGGCCAGUGUAAGGUCUUCCUUCCAGCGCGCCUUUCAACGUUUGUUCUGGACCGCCCUCGAGACGAUCCGCAGUGAAAACUUUCAACUUGCUGGAGGUCACAAGCUUAUCACGACCAACACAUGGAACGAACAAGACGACCGCAGCCAAGUAGACGACUUUGACGCCAUUGUUGAAGACACCUUGUCUUCUUCUAUUCCUGCGUCCCAUAUACUCCAAAACCUACCGACAAUGGGCUUUGAUCUCAGCGUGGACAACUCAAGAUAUUUGAGUGAUUUUGUUGAGAUCUCCCUGUUGGGUAAAGGUGGGUUUGCCAGUGCUUGGCGAGCUCGUAAUAAACUGGACGAUAUUGAGUACGCCAUCAAGAAGGUUUGGCUUGGCAACGAUAUCGAAGAAGAUGGUUCCAAUCCCUACGACAAGAUUUUCCGUGAAAUCAAGAGCUUGGCUCGUUUGGAACACAAAAAUGUCAUUCGGUACUAUUCGUCAUGGCUGGAAUGGCGCCAAGGUCGCAAAGACGAUGACCUAGAUACAGCAGACCAUUUAUCCGAUCAAGAUGACUGGUCCAACCACAGCGACAUGUCGAAACAUUCCACAACAAGUGUAUUCGAAGGCAUUGAUCCUACCUUCGAGGACUCUACAGACUUUGGUUAUGCUCCUGAAACGAGCUCCACCGAGAUUUCGGGAGGUAUUGAUUUCGUAAGCGACCAUAGUACUUCCAACCCUAGUCAUCCCAGUACUUGCACGGAAAAAGCGGCUCCCGUCGCGUCCAUACUCAAACUUGGAAAAGCCAUUGCCAAUGAAAUACGUCGUGACAAUCAUUGUACUUUUGUUGUCCCCGAAGAAGAUCACCCCUUGGCCAAUCCAUCCAGUGAUGACAGUGGUGCGCUUGAAAACCAACCCCCUAUGUCACCUCCUAAUAGUCAACCUCAAGUCAGUAGUAUACCAAUUAUCAAGCACGAACGCAAGAACAGUCAUCAUCGAAGACAAGCUUCCAUAGACUCUUACUCCAAGCACUCUCGUACGCAAGCACCAGUGGGGGGUUGGACAUUAUUUAUCCAAAUGCAACUGUGUCCUGCCACGUUACAAGAUUACAUUCGACAUCGAAACCGAUAUUACACUGAAACUGGCUGUUGUGUUGGUCCUGACGAUUGUCGCCGAAACAUUGAGAUUUUUUCACAAAUCUUAGAUGGCGUGGCGUACAUUCAUGAACAGGGCUUGAUUCACCGUGAUUUGAAGCCGAGCAAUAUCUUUUUAGGUGAAGCAGCAGGGAGUUCGCGUCGUAAGAACAGUCAAUCUUGGAGCCGACGUCGUGCUAGCAAAGAUGAUAGCUCUUUCUCAUCUUCGUCUGAGUCUGCCUCUUCGGCUGACUACUUUAAACGCCAUCUCUUGGAAGGCGACUGGGUGCCGAAAAUUGGCGACUUUGGCUUGGUAGCCAAUAUGUCUGGAACCGAAGGCGAAGCAAUGGUAUCUGCUUCCAGUCCGCUUUCCGACAGUAUCAGUGACUUGGGUUCUUCCUUUGGAACCGCUGGUCAUAGUCUUCGUGAUAUGUCUCAUAGUGCUGGCAGUUUUAGAUGUGGUAGUCACUUGUCGGCUACCUCCACCUCAUCGCGACGUCCCAGUCGAAAGUAUCAUCAUUCACGCACCUCACCGGUUGGAACCAUCACGUAUGCGUCACCGGAACAGCUUGCCAAUCCUCCUCUGGCCUAUGACCAUAAAGUUGAUAUCUAUUCAUUGGGCAUCAUCUUUUUCGAAUUGUACCAGCCGUUUGCCACAGGUAUGGAGCGGGCCGAAUCUUUGAAGGAACUGAAGAAAGGCGUUCUUCCUGAUUACUUUGUCAAAAAGUUUCCCAAAGAGUCUGCUCUUAUUCUCUGGAUGAUGUCUGAAGAUGCAGCACAACGACCAAGUGCCCAGCAACUGAUCGAAUUCGAAAUGUUUGCCAUUCCACCUGACAUGUACAAUAGCUUGCAUAUUCAACUUCAAGACAAGACCAAAGCCCUAGAUCAAAAAGACAAUGAAGUGGCUCAUCUGCGCGCUGCUAUGGCUAAAAAAGAGAAAGAAUGCGAUGAAAUGCGCAUCAAGAUUGAGCGUAUGGAGGCUACACUGAGAAGAAUGGAGUUAUCGCAUGGCCAUACUCCUUUAGAUGGCUAUUCGACUGUGGAGCCUUCAACUUCUCCUAGAGACCCACCUGAUGAGCCCCACCAUGCACAGCUUUUCACACACUGGCGAACUACUUCAACCUCUCAAAGAGACGCAUCGCCUUCACCACCAUUUGACAAGAUUAAAUUGAUUAUAGAAUGAUUUUUUUCCGCUCCAUCAAGUCUAAAGAGAACCAAAGCAGGAUAACCAUCCCCCCAAGAAAACCCGUCAAAUAACAACAAAAAAAUUGUAUAUAACCCUCAUCAUAUCUUGCUAUAUAGUCGUUUCUGUUACUUUUUCUCCCCCACUUCUCUUUCGUUUAAAUACUGUAGUAGUAACAAAUUUAUUAUGGAAACAAAGAUGGAUUGUUUCAGCCCUUGGAAAGCGGUGGCUUAUACGAGAGCCAUUUGAAACGCUCGCUGC